UAUAAAAGCACCGAUGUCCCUCACCCAUUCCUUCCUUUCCUUAUUUAUUUGUUAUCAUCACCAAAACAAUCGCCUCUAGCAAAUUUCAGGUAUCUACCCAACAAAAUGUUUCGUUCUAGUAUUUUCUUCAUCGCCUUGAGCGUUAUUUUCUUCGGCCUCCUAUCCACAGUCUCUGCUGCUGUCAUUCCCAAUGACGAGAUCCGUGCUCUUGGAAAAACCUUUCAGAAACUGCGCAAGAUCAAGGGUCACUUUGAUGGCGGCGAAUAUAACAAAGCUGUCGAUGCCUACAAUGGCGAGAAGCAUCAGGUCAUGAAGAAACUGGCUGAGGCUUUCGGUCGCCCUAGUGUCUCCUCCGUUGACAUUGUCUCUACCAUGGGCCCUUCAGAUGAGAUCCCUGAACAUAUCCUUGCUGAACUGAAACGCUCUGCCCCUCAGGUGACUCCUCCCACCAACUUCAAGUAUCUCCUCUACAAGUGGCGUGGAUACCAUGACUACCUUUGGUUCCGUAUCAAUCUCAAGAACAAUCAUGUCUUUAACAGUGACUGGUACUUCGCUUACGAGUAAAGUACUAACAAAUAUAUCUUUUCCAUCACUGGCCAUGAUGCCUCUGCGCUCUCAUAAAGGAAGAAGGGGCAGGGCCACGAAGUCUAGGAUAUCCCAUAUUCUUUACUUUAUUACUUUAGACCUAUCAAUAUUUGUUUAUUCACAUCUUUAUAUCUUUCUUUUGUAUUUAUUCCUUGCAUUGAAAUAAAUCAAAAAAAACUUAAUUUGCC